UUUAAGUUGUAAGGGAGGUGUGGAGUUUAACUUGUGUGAACCUUCCUUACUUUCAGUUUUUCACACGGUUCUGUACCGCCAGCAGCAGUUUGUCACUGAAGGUGUCUGCUUGGAUUUUAGUUUUGAGUGUCGCUAUGGAAGAACCGAGGCUGUUUACGUUCUCAAAGUGGGAUUUCCUGUUCACUUGUCUGGGCCUGGUGUUCCUGCUGUGUGACAUCGUGCUGGAUAUGUGGGCGGUGGUGACGUUCUACCAGGAAAAGGCCUACGUCUAUAUGGGAAUUCUGAUCUGCUUUCUCCUGGUCUCGUCGGUUAUUGUGCAGAUCUACAGCUUCCUGUGGUAUCGUCUUGACAACUAUGAGAGGCGUACGAAGGUUGAAAAGUGUCCAAACCUGCUCGCACUAAUGCUGCUCCAUGUGGGUCAACUGGGAAUCUACUUAAGACAUGCAGGAUAUCUGGAGGUCUCAGUGGGCAGCUUCAUUAAAAAGGGCUAUGACCGUGACACGGUGGCGUACCUGGGCCAUGACCUCAGCAUGUUGCGGCUCAUGGAGACGUUCUCAGAGAGCGCCCCUCAGCUUGGUCUCAUGCUCACAGUCAUGCUGCAGAGAUGCAGUGUGGAGCCUAUAACAGUGGCUAAGGCUUUCGGCUCAGCCGCGGCCAUCGCCUGCAGCGUCACCAUGUACCACCGCUCCCUGCGCUCCUUCCUCCCUGACAAAAAACAGCAGCUGAUUUGCUCCUCGGUGAUCUAUUUCCUCUGGAACAUGCUGCUCAUUGUGUCUCGGCUCACCGCCCUCGCUCUCUUCGCCUCGGUCCAGCCCUGCUUCAUCUUCACGCACUUCAUCUGCUCCUGGCUGGUUUUAUUCUUCGUCGCCUGGCGAGCGCAGACCAACUUCAUGGAGGGUCAUGGUGAGUGGCUUUACCGAGCCACUGUUGGCCUCAUUUGGUACUUCAGUUGGUUUAACGUGGUGGAAGGGCGGACCAGGAGGAGGACUACGAUCUACCAUGGCUACAUUCUGGUUGAUAUUUGCCUUCUGUGCAUCUUCUGGCUCUACAGCCACUGGAAGCACAACACGGUUCCACCUCAUAUUAAAAUCUCACUCUUAGACACCGCCAUUUCCACUCUCGCUGUUAUUGCUACUUACGUUUUGGGCCUUUUACUUAAACUAAUAUAUUAUAAGUUCCUCCAUCCACAACUCAACAGGCCUGAACUGAGAGGGAGCAGUUCCAAUGGGGCACUCACUGGAGCGCGGGUUAUUAACUCAGGUUCAGACGUCACAGACUCCUUUCAUUCAGCAGACGUACCUUUGCCCGUCCCACCACUGCUCAACAAGAGAAUGAGGAAGCUGGCUGAGAACUUUUACUACUAACACAGAACACAUCAGAAAGACCUGCACCAGAUAACGGUGACAUCACAUUCUGUAUUUCGUCUUUGUCAUCUUCCAUUCAUUUUUCAUUUUCAUGUUGUUUUGUCUUUUUUUUAACUUAUCACUUAUGUUUGUGUUGCACUAUAGGAGCACUCAGGGCGCACACCUUAGUCAUUGAAAUAAUUACCAAACAGUAUUGUUUCCUCCAGCCAACAGAGGACUUAAUCACAUCUUUGUGAUGUCAUAAGGCGAGAAUGUUAAAGAAGAGCGGGCACUCAGAGUGCAUACGUCUGCCAGAUUCCAGAGGUGUCAAGUAACGAAGUACAAAUACUUCGUUACUGUACUUAAGUACACUUUUUAGGUAUCUAUACUUUA